CAUCAUUGGAAAUUAUUUCCAUCAAUCUACGCAUUCCACUGCUCCACCACCAGACCCGAGUCAUGUGUAUUUGUCUUUCUUGUGUUGGAUGGUUUUCGCUGGCUGCUUUGUCUUAGGGUUUAAUACUCAACUUAAGAAUCUAUUUAAUGUCGCCCAAUUAGAUUGGAACCACACAUUUGCAUCCUCAAUCUUGAAAUUCCUCACCUUGAUAAACCCCCGGGGAGGGGAUGGGGUGACCUACUUAACGAGAUAUGGGAAAGUUUGCAUUUUGAGGGAUAAUAAAGAAAAUAAAACCAUGGAGGAGGCUUCAAAGCUGUCCUCCUCCUCCUCCUCGUACUCAUGUCUCGGCCUCACAAUUUCGCAAGAAAAAGCAGAGCCUCCUCACGAGGCUCUGUUUCACGUACUACCUUAUCUUUCUGUGGGGGAGCUUCUCGCCAUGUCGCAGGUUUGCAUUUCACUGAGAGACGCAGUGAACAAGGAUGUUCUACCAUGGCGCAACUUCCUUGUUCAACCCCCUCUCAGUUCCAAUCUCUCCGAUCAGAUUUUGCUCAGACUUGCUUCUAAGGCUAAUGGUGGCCUCAGAACUCUUGCUCUCGUGAACUGCACCAAGAUUUCAGAUUAUGGGCUUCAAAGGGUUGUAGAAGAAAACCCUUUUAUAAACAAGCUCUAUCUUCCAUCAUGCACUGGUAUAACCCCUGAAGGACUUGUAAAAGCAGUUAAAAUGCUGUCCCAAGGAAGCAACUCCCUGAGCACACUAAGGAUAAAUGGAAUCCACAACCUAAAGAAAGAGCACAUUGACAUGCUUGUCCUUUCCCUUAAAAGGAACCUUCCAUGGGAGCCUAUCUUCUACCAUGAACGCGGAAACUUCUUGGCUUUUAAGAACAGAGAAGAAGAGGAAACCAGGAGAAUCAUCGAUUUGGAAAUCUGUCCAAUGUGCUGUGAGGUGAGAAUGGUCUAUGAUUGUCCCAGAGAAACCUGCAAGAAGAGAGAAGUGAAUUUGGCUCGUUGCAAGGCAUGCAAAUUUUGCAUCCCAAGGUGUGAAAAUUGUGGGGAAUGCCUUGGCUAUGAAGAAACAGAAGAGACUGCUUGUGCAGAUGUAGUGUGUUGUGAAUGUUGGCUAAAGCUUCCCAAGUGCAAUUUCUGCAACAAGCCCUACUGUAAGCAGCACAUAGAUUGGUGGUGCAAUUUCUCAGAAUCUGGACUCAUCUGCAGAGUCUGUGAUAUCGUAAAUACAUGUCAAAGUUCUGAUGUUUUGUGAUUAACUAUAUACAGACUAGCGCAAGUCUCUGAAUUUAUAUAGAGCUUAGAACUCGGGAUAAACUAUAGUACAACUUUCAUAGAUAUAUUAAUAAUUGAUUUUUUUCAUGGAGCUUUAA